AACCGCCCCGUUUCCUCGGGAAAAGGAGACGAAAAAAAUUUAAAUAAAUAAAAAAUAAAUCGGUGUUUUCUCCGCCCCUCCCGGGCCGCGUCGCCAUGGCAACGGCGCCCGGGCGCGGCCCUGCCCUGCACAAAGAUGGCGGCGCCAACCCGGAAGCGCCUUCCCCUUCCCGCCCCAACGAUGGCAGCGGCUUCCACGUCGGCGCCGCCCCGGUGGCGGGCGCGGGCGGCCAUGGCGGCGCGGGGCGCGGAGGCCGAGGCCCAGGCCCUCUUUGAGGCGCACACGGCGGCCGAGCUGCGGGCGGUGGAGCGGCGGCUGCGGGCCGGCAUCGAGCAGAAGCGGGAGGAGCUGCGGCAGAUGGUGGGCGAACGCUACCGCGACCUCAUCGAGGCGGCCGACACCAUCGCCGAGAUGCGCCUCAGCGCCGACCGCCUCCUGGGCGCCGUCCGCGGCCUGCAGCGGGGCGGCACGGCCCGGCCCGCCCCGGCGGCUCCGGUUCGGCCGCCGGCCCAGGAGAGCUUCUACCGGGCAGCGGCCCAGCUGAAGCUGCUGCUGGAGGUGCCCGAGAAGGUGUGGGGCGCCGUGGAGGGCGGCCGGUACCUGCCUGCUGCCCGGCUCCACCUGCUCGGUGCCCACCUCCGCCGCCAGCUGCAGCUGGAGACGCCGCGGGCCCGCGGUGGCCCCAUCCUCGCCCGCUUCCCCAUCCUGCUGCGGCAAGUGGCGGCCGCCAGCCACCUCAGAUCCACCAUCCUGCAGGAGAGCAAGUCCCUGCUGAAGAGCCAGACCGUGUCCGACCAGGCAGUGGCAGAAGCCCUGUGUGCCAUCAUGCUGCUGGAGGACAGCUCUCCGCGCCAGGCCCUCGCUGACUUCCUUCUGGCCAGGAAGUUGGCCAUUCAGCAGCUUCUCAACCAGCCACACCACGGUGCAGGUAUAAAAGCUCAGGUGUGUUCACUGAUGGAGCUGCUAACUACAACCCUGUACCAGGCCCAUGCUCUCUUCUACACUGUGCCUGAAGGGAUGCUGCCGGAUCCAGCCCUGCCCUGUGGCUUGCUUUUCUCAACCCUGGAGACCACCACAGGCCAGCACCCAGCAGGGAGAGGAGGGGUUCUGGAGGAGGAGGUGAAGCUGAGCAGCUGGUUCAGGUACCUCCCGGAGUCUGUGGUGGAGUUCCAACCAGCCCUGCGGACCCUGGCACACCCCAUCAGCCAGGACUACCUCAGAGACACGCUGCAGAAGUGGAUCGCUAUGUGCAGCGACGACAUCAGGGCCGGGGUCAGCAACCUGCUUGUCUACGUGAAGAGCAUGAAAGGCCUCGCGGGGAUUCGCGACGCGGUGUGGGAGCUGCUGACGAGUGAGUCCAUAAGCCAGAACUGGGAGGCAGUGUGCCGUCGCCUUUUGGACAAGCCCACUUCUUUCUGGGAGGACCUGCUGCAGCAGCUCUUCCUGGACAGGCUGCAGGCACUGACCAAAGAAGGGUUUGACUCGAUCUCAAGCAGCUCCAAACAGCUUCUCACCUUAGCCCUGCAAGAACUGGAAGUCAAAUCCAGCACCUCUGCCCUGAGCAAGCACAUCCAGUUUGAACACAACGUGGCCCUGUUCCUGUGGUCGGAGAGCUCCAGUGACCUGCCUUCCGACGCCGCGUGGGUCAGUGUGGCAAACCGCGGCCAGUUCGCCAAGAGCGGGCUGUCCAUGAAGGCCCAGGCGCUCACGCCAUGCGUGCAGAGCUUCUGCUCUGCUCUGGACUCAAAGCUGAAGGCCAGGUUGGACGAUCUCCUGUCCUACCUCCCCACGGACUCCUCAGCCGCCAAGGAGGCUGCUCCUGUGGUGCAGCCACGCUCUGCCUUCGACCGCUACGCCGACGCUGGCACAGUGGAGGGGCUGCUCCGUGACCACUGUGUUGCCUGCAUCCACCGCGUACUGGGCUGCGUACGUGAAGAGCUCCAGAGUGCCCAGAGCUUCCUGGAGGGGCAGGCGGACGCUCCCAGCAAUGCCAGACUCAAUGCUGUCCUCUUCAUGGCGAGGCUCUGCCAGUCCCUGACCGAGCUCUGCCCUCACCUGAAGCAGUGUAUCCUGGGCCAGUCGGGCAGCACGGAGACGGUGCUGAAGGAAACACGCUCCUCCAAGAAGCUGGGGAAGGGGAAAGCCCAGGGAGUCACCCCCGUGCAGGCCAAGUGGCAGGGGGUGAAGGCAGAGCUCCUGCAGCAGAGCCUGUUCGCUUACCAGAUCUGGAGCUCAGCUGUCACCAAAAACCUGGUUCAAUGCUUUACCCGCACAUUGCUGCUCGACACAGCAGGCUCUGUCUUGGCCACAGCCACCAACUGGGAUGAAAUUGAAAUUCAGGAGGAGACAGAGUCUGGAAACAGCGUAACGUCGAAGAUCCGUCUGCCUGUGCAGCCAUCCUGGUACGUCCAGUGCCUCCUCUUCAGCCUGUGCCAAGAGGUGAACCGGGUCGGUGGUCACACUCUCCCAAAAGUCACCUUGCAGGAGUUGCUGAGGACCUGCAUGGCAGAAGUGCUUGCUGCCUAUGAAAAGCUCGUGGAAGAGAAGCAGGAGAAGAAAGCAGGCACCUUCCCCAUGACCCAGAACAGAGCUCUGCAGUUACUCUACGAUCUGCGGUACCUGAGUAUCAUCUUGACAGCCAAGAGUGAGGAAGCAAAAACCAGCAGGAUCAAGCAUGACUCCGGGAUUGAGAAAGUGACUGACUUCCUGGAGGGGCACAUAGACCCCUUUGACUUAGACGUUUUCACUCCACACUUGAACAGCAACCUUAAUCGCCUGGUUCAGCGAACCUCCGUUCUCUUUGGCUUGCUGACCGGGACAGAGAACCAGUACACGAGCAGGAGCGGCGCGCUCAGCUCUCAGGAGCUCCACAACAUCUUGCCGUUAGCUUCCAGCCAGAUCAGAUUUGGACUUCUGCCACUGAGUAUGUCGAGCUCGCGAAAAAGCAAGUCUGCUACCAGGAGCACAGAAAGAGUUCAGUGCGAUGCUGACCUCUAACUCCUGACGAAGCCUGGCUUGGGUAUUUAAGCCUGUGUGAAGAGUGGCUUGCUUCUCUUGCAGCAGCUCUGUGUUGUCCUGUUUCUGAGAUUUAUCAGUAGACAGCCGUUACGUUGCUACGUUUCCCCUAGUUUAAAACAUCCGCUUAAAUGGAGCUCUCUAUGCUGAGGAUUGAGAGACAAGGAAUACCUUACUGCUACAGGAAGCAGUAAUUGGUAAUCUGUUUCCUUUAGCUAUUAUUAACCAAAUAAUCCACCUGUGGCGACUUCUUUUCAACUGGGACAGAAGAGUAAAGGUCUGGUAUUAGCAGAGCAGAGAGUGUUACCCGAGAUGCUGAUGUUUACUCUGCGGCUCUUGUUCUCCAUUAUUCAGAAGCAUUAAGGACCAGACAUAGUAUAAGGGCUGUUUAAAAGCCCAAAGCUUCCCGAUAAAGGUAUUCUUUACCUCUUACGCCUCAGCUCUGGUAGAGCGUAGAAGUGUGCAGUGAUGGUUGGCUCACUCCUGCCACUCCCCUUGCCUGCUGUGGUGGCACGUGUAUCUUCUGCGCUAGCCACACUUCUCAAAAUCCCUGGCAGAUGCUUGCUGCUUCUUUUUAUGCUAAAACAGUCCAGGAGAGGUUAAAGUCCAUAGAUGCAGAGAGCUGUUCUUGAGUAAGGGCAACAGCUGUACUUCUGCCCUUGCUCUGAGAGCAACAGCCCCUUCCCUGCAGUUCCAAAUGAUUUUUAUUUUGCGGGGCAUUGAAUGACAUCUGAAAAGCUACCUGUUGCUCACAACAGCAAGGCGCUGUGCUUCUGCCACUCAGAACUGCCUCUGCCUGUCACUGACCACCAGGAGUGACACUGCUUAGGUUGCGGUUCAAGCUGCCUAGGAAGAGCUGUUCUGCUGUAGCCUACACCUCCUUGCAGAUCCUCUAGAUGAGGGUAUGGAGUAAGUCAAAGGUACGCUGUAAUAGCUACUGACGCUUUUCUUUUUAAAAACUAACAGGUCCCAGCUCCUGCACUCACAAGAGCAGAAGACGAGGCAUCGCGCCCUGGC